AUGUCCGGAGAAAGUUUUUUCAGCUCGGACCCAAUCGAGCUGAUCAACUUACUGUCAGCUGACGAUCUGCCACUUGCAGACGUCUGGUUGUCUUAUCCGAUACGUGCAUUCGACAUCAUCCGAUUCACGCCUCUUACCAACUAUUCUGCUAUGUUGCAGCUAUUUGAAAAGCCUAGUUGUGAAGCUUCAGGUGCAUCCAUAUUCUUUUGUGCAACCUCGUCUUUUCCACGAAUUGACAGAGUUGCUCACAAGGCAUUUUGGUGGAAGAGGAUUACACAAGCAGUUUUGUUCGCAGUCCUGAUUCUUUCCGCCAGAACAUUGAUUUGCUCAGAUGACCCUGCUGUUACCAAGGCCGAGGUGACAAGGGGUUUUUCCGCCGUCGUCACUCCUGAGCUUGCCGGAACUCCAACGCAGGCACUGCUAAGUGUACGACAACAAAUUGCAUCUGUGGCUUCCCACCUGGCUGGCACCACUGAGAAACAGCGCCAACAUGCACCUUGUUCGGCGUCCUUGUGCUCCUUUUCUUCAGAAGAGGAAGCACCCUUCAUAUUGGAGACAGACAAUGCAAGCUUGCCGAACUUUUCUUUGGUUGAAUUUCCUUCUUCUACGUCAGAGGUGGAAUCUGGCAAUGUGCCUGAGGGUCACAUCACCUUGAACCUGGAAAGGUCUGAGCAGGAGCUCAACUUCAUCGAUGUGUACAAGGGAGCUUAUGAUGCUUACGGACUUCUUGACGGAACUGCCAAAGAGAGUAAGCAAAUGUGUCUACAGGAGAUCGAUAUCAUCAACGAUGUUGUUCACUACAAGAGUGCUUAUUAUGGCACGGUCAUGGUGGGUAGCCCGCCAAAGCCCUUCACAGUUGUCUUUGACACAGGGAGCGGGCAUCUCAUACUUCCGAGCUCGUACUGCCACACAGAGACGUGCAAAGUGCACCGAAGGUACAAACGGAGUGCUUCAGGGACAGCCAAAGACAUUGAUUGGGAUGGACGUUUGGUCAAAGCAGGAGAAGCUCGUGACCAAAUCACUGUAUCAUUUGGCACUGGAGAGGUAACUGGAGUGUUUGUCGAGGAUGUCAUAUGCUUUGGACAGAGGGGUCCUGGUAUUGACACCAGCAGCACAAAUGUUCCUGUUGCAGGUCAGGGAGGUGAAAGUUGCGCAGAUAUGAGAUUCAUUGCAGCAACAGACAUGUCUGCGGAUCCUUUCAAGGAUUUCAUCUUUGAUGGUGUUCUUGGUUUGGGUUUGGAUAGCCUUUCACAAACCCCGGCCUUCAACUUCCUGCAGGUAGCAUCUGGUCUCACAAGUGAGCGUGGGAGUGGCUUCAGCAAGACCUUUGGCAUUUUUCUCGCAGUUCACAACGAUGAGACAAGCCAAAUUACAGUGGGUGGAUGGAGAGAAGAGCACCUGGAAGAGCAGGUGAGUUGGAGUCCUGUUCUUGACCCUGAACUUGGACAUUGGCUUCUGCAGAUCAAGGAACUCCGAGUUGACGGCGAAAUAUUGCCCUUCUGCAACGAAGGCUGCAAGGCGGUGGUUGACUCCGGAACUUCUUUGCUGGCAGUUCCCACUCCAAUUUUUCCAGAGUUGUACGAGAUGCUUAGGUCUCCUGCCUCGUUGGAGGGAGAGUGUUCUUCGCGUAGUCCCCGCCUUCAGAUCGAGUUGGAAGGUUUCACUGUGGAGCUUGACGGAGAGGACUUCAGCCGACUAGACCAAAAGUCGGUGCCUAGCACUCCGGAAUGGGGACGCGCGUAUUCCCCUGCAGAGGAGAACACGAGAAGAGACAUGACAUGCAAGCCCAUGCUAAUGGUUAUGGAUUUGCCUGAGCCCAUUGGGCCAAAGUUGUUCAUUCUGGGCGAGCCUGUCCUCAAGAAAUUCUACACAGUGUACGAUGCCGAAAAGAAACGCAUUGGCUUUGGCAGGGCAAAGCACGCGCCUGCAAGCCUUGACGUGGAGAGCGAUCAUUGGUGGCUUGCUGCGGAGGAAGAACUGGCCCAGGAAGAGGAAGACACCAUUGCCAGUGCCAUACCGAUCGAAGCGACAGCUUGAGUUGCUAAGGGCAAUCCGGCACUGGCACACGUGUUGGAAUGAGAGCCCCCAAAGGGGAUGGAAUCUGCAGAAUCCCACGUCUCUCGAACUGUCUGGAACUGUCUGGGACAUUGUGCUUCUUUAUUUGCACGGCUUGCGUUUCACAGCUGGGCAUUCAAAGUUGUCAAAGCUUGCCUGGCCACAACAAAGCGCGACGAUGUCCUGACUCUUUGCUUUGGGCUUUGCAUUGUGUUCUUGACUUCAUGCAGGGAACAGGUGUUGAGCACCGCACAGUAUGGG